AUGUCGAGGAGACAGCCCGACUGCGCGUCUCCCUGUCCAACCGCCUCUGCCGUCUGUGCGCGCACGGCGGCCGACUUCGGAGACAGGCACGACAACGCCGCCCUCGAAGCGUUGCUUCUUUCCGCGCUCGCGCAGCUGUCGACGGCGCCUUCGCCAGACACAGGCGAAGACCCGCCCAACGGGCGGUGUCUUCGCCGGCUGAAGAAAAGAGACCCUAGCCGUUUUGCCGAGGGAGCCGAAGAGCGGGAGGAAACAGAGAGUGAAGACUGCGCCGCUGGAACGAGACAUCGACCGCGCGGCUUCUGCCACUCGUCGUGCCGGGGCGCGCUGGAGGUUGAGAGACCGCCUGCCACGGGAGUGAGAAAGAUCGAGAAUCCGUCCUCGCAGCCCGAACGGCAGGUGGAGCGUCGCGCGAGGACGCUGUCAAGUCUCUUGGAUGAGUUAAUUGCGCUUUUAAACGAGAAGAGGAAGCAGGGGAAAAAGAAGAGUGAGGACAGCCCGCCGCUCGAAGAUGCGGAUGUGCGCCCGAGUGCUGGCGAGCUCCACCGAAGGCCUCCACGUGAGUUAGGCCUGUCGCCUAGCAGCCUCGCUGGCCUCUUUCGCCACGUGUUGCGGCUCUGUGCGUCCAGAAGACUCUCUAUCCUGCACGGAGACGUGGCGACUCCCUCGCCGCUCGCAGUCCCCUGUUCUUCGCGAUCGACCCAAGACGCCAUUCCGCGGCGACAGCUCCUGACGGCGGCGCUCGGUGCGCUCAGACUGUGGUACCCAGAGGCGAAAAGUUCGACCGAAGGAAACCGUCCGGUGGACGGCGCACCCUCCCGCGAGGAAGCGAGCGCCGCUUUGGGGCCCAUGCAGACGCAACAGGACUGGGAUCUCCUGUUUACCGCUGCAACCACGGUCGUCGAGGCGGUGUACAUACACCUCGUCGACGGCGCACCAGCGCCUCUUCAGUCCUCAGCUGGCCCCGCUUCUUCCUCGCCACGAGCCGCGGGAGUCUCGGGAGGACGCAGCGCGUCCAGGGACACAGGAGAUGAAUUUGCGUCGGCGUGCGGGAGUUCGUUGGUUGGCGUCGUUUCUGAGAAGACCGGCUUUUCCUUUUUCGGCGAGCACGCGUUUCCACCGAGUGCCUUCUUUGGAGAUCCUUCCGUCAUCGCCCGCGUCCUCCUUGCUGGGCAAGCGUCUCAGGCUCCGCAUCUGUUCGCUCCGGACCUGCGUCGCCGGCGAUCGGCGGCGUGCGUCCUUCUCACGUUGCUUUCGCAGCUUCUUCAGGAAAGCUGGCGGCUCUGUCUCGCGGCUGGUCCCUUGUCGUCGGCGGCCGCGUCGCCUCUCGCCUCCCUCGCCGAGAAGAGCGCAAGUUCCGCGGGCGAGGCCGUGCGUCUCCUGCAGCUGCUGCAGCCGCUCCUGGUGACCGGUGCGGUGUACGUACACCCCAUCGGCGUGGCGCUCUUCCCCGCGGACGUGGGGCGACCGGGUGGUCGUACACCGGCCAGCAGCGACGGGAGUUUGUCUUCGGCUUCCGGGUUUCCUUCGCCUUCUCGCUCGCGCCUCGCCGACUCGUCUGCCGCGUCUUCCGCAGAAGACAGGAUGAGAGACAAACGCGGCGCGCUCAGGGCAAGGCGCGCUUUGCCGGCUGCAAGCGACCGCGGUCCGGCGACGCGGGGACUCGAGAAGGCCCGGGACAAAGUUCAAGCUCGUGACGCAGGAGCCUGUGUCCCCGCGAGACCCGGGCUGAGGACACAGCGGGAAGGCGACUCGGGCGAAGACGGCGACGAGGCGAGCGCCGUUGGAAGGUCGAACGCGCUGAAUGGGGAUCGGAAUGUGAGCAAGACCGCUGGGAGGAGCCGGCGAGGAAGACGAGACAAGAAAGACGGAUUGCGGGGCCACGACGACGGACACAAACUCCGCGUGCUUGCUUUCUCCUGUUCGCAGUUUCUCGUCAAACUCGUCCCGCGAACGCUCUUUCGCUCGUGGCCUCUCAUCCUCACCACUCAACACUUCAAAGUCCAAGUUCCGUCUUGUCUCGAGCCGUGUCCCUUUCCCUCUUGCUCUUCUCUUCCUCCGUUUCCCUCUCCCGCUUCGCCAUCUGUUCGACUCUCUCCUGCUGCGCGUCUCUCGCGUGCUCCCUCGCACGCGGGUUCACUCCACACUUCCCGCGACCCACUCCCGCGCGACGGCGCAGCCGCCCCCACCUCGCCCGCGCGUCCUCGCCUCUCUGCGGGCUGUCCAUACACUCAAGAGCCUCCAAAGGUAUCCGAGCGUUCCGCGCGUCCCGUUCAAACCGACAUCUCCCUGUUCUCGCCUUCUUCCGGCACCUGGGCCCUCGGAUUUCUGUUGCCUGAGCAGGCGUCGCUGCGCUCGCCGGUGUUUCUGCUUCUUCUGCUCCAGCAGCAGCUCUGGGGUUUUGUGGCGCGUCUCGACGCAGAUGCCAAAGUGCGGCGCGCAGCCGUGGACUUCCUCGUGUCUCUCUUGGAGUUCUCGCCCCUCAAGAGCUGGCCAGCCGUGCCUCUUGAAGUGACUCCGGCCCUGAGAGACGCGGCCUCGGCUGCACACGCGUCGCUCUCAGGCGUCCUGGCAACCGCCGACUCGAUGGCCCUGCCUCUCGCCAUGGCGAAGGACAGCUGGAGGUGCGUUCAGCUCUGGAGGACUCUCACGGCUGAAGCAGAGAACGCGGACGAGACCGCGUGGACAAGCCCUCUCGGCGAGGACCGAUCACCUGUCGCUUCUCGUUCUCUUCUGUCGCUUUCUUCUCUAGGUCGAAGCUGCGACGGCCUCGGAAAGUCCCGCGGGGGAUCGGCCUUUCCGCCUGCUUCUGCGGCCUCUCCGUUUUCGUCCUUUUUCUUUCAGAAACGAGCCAGUCCGUCGUUCAACUCUCUGUCGGGAAGUGUCUUGUCUUCAGUCCGUCUCGCCUUCCUUCAUCUCUUUGCUCUCUGCGAAGAAACCGCUGCGGCGGCUGCGCUUUCUCGAGGUGCCGAACCCACCUCGCCGCGCCUCAACGGAGACCGUCGCCCCAGCCAGGCGCCUACCUCGCCUGCGCGAUCGGCGUCCUUUCCUUCGUCUCCUCUCUCGUCUGUUUCCGCUUCGUUCGUUUCGGCGUCUUCGGAUUCUCGCUUCGAGGGCGGGGCUGCGGCUGACGCGCGUGGUCUUUCCUCGGCGACCGACGAGUCUGCUGAGAUGACUGCUGCAUGUCUUCGAGCGCUCGCGCGCUUGGUCGCGUCCCUGCCGCUGUCUGUCUUCCGUCCAGGCAUCCUCUUUGCGUGUCUCCGACUAGUCGCGCCUUUCUUCCUCACGCUCACUCUCUCUCUGAAACACCCCGCACACGACGGGAUGCAAACAUCUACAGAACGCUGUCUCCUCUCGCGAGAUCCCAUCUCUUCCUCUUCUUCCUCUUCCUCCUCUUCCUCGUCCUCUUCCUCUUCUUCCUCUUCCUCGUCUUCCUCGUCUUCCUCCUCGUCCUCUUCCUCCUCUUCCUCUUCUUCCUCCUCUUCCUCUUCCUCCUCUUCCUCUUCCUCUUCUUCCUCUUCCUCUUCCUCUUCCUCCUCUUCCUCCUCUUCGUCUCUGUCGUUGGCUUCUUCGCUGUGUGUUUUCUCUAGGGAAGAAGGUGGUUUGCGUGCAAAGCAAGAGGGCGUUGGGCGUCGAGACACCCGAGGGACGACGCCGGGAGGGGCUAGGCUUUCUGUGUCCUGUUCAGCGUCCGCGGGAGGCGUCCGAGCGAACGAGCUGUACCUACGUUUUGUUUCAAGUGUGCAGCACGCGGCGUCUCCGUUUGUCUCGUCGCGUUCCGCUUUCCUCAACGAGCCGCCUUCGACGCCCUCAAAUCGCGACUUUCGAAACGAAAAGGUGCCUCCUUCCUUUACCCCACACAAAAGUUCCGAGCGAGGAGAAUCUGAAGAAGCGAAUUCAGAACGGGGAAGAGAAGAGAAACACGGCCACGCACACCCACGGAAAAGUCUGCCUUUUCCGCUUCAUCCUUCUCUUCUCUCAGCUCUCAAUUCGCUUCUCACGUCUGUCCUCGCUGCGAAGCCUUCUCGGGAGGAGGUAGUCGAAGCACUCCUCCUCCCUGUUCUUCCCAAAACACCUGAAAAGAAAAAAACGCCUGCAAAGAGCCGGGGAGGAUGCGCCGGUUGUGGGCCAUCGUCCGGCGCAUGCAAAGAGGGAAAAGGAGGCGAGACAGCCGACAGGGCGCAACCGAGCGCCCUGUCGACUCCGGAGCAGCCGCCGGCGACAGGCGAAUGUGUCUCUCAUCCCUGCUGGGGCGCGAGAGACAGAGACACCCCAGGAGACAGCGCGCACUGUGGGGCGCAACGCGAGAGGAAGGCGACAGAGCCAGACGGGCCGCGAGAAACGGAAGAGGAAGCAUUUAUGGGGCUGUCGGACGUUAUUCUGGUCGGGUUGCUCUACGCAUUGAGGAUCGAAAGAGAGGAACUGCUCUCAACCCUGACAGAUAAUCGACUGGAGAGAGACAGCACAGAAGAAAUGAACGACGGAGGGAGAGAAGGGGGAGAGGAUGAAGAAGGCGGAGAAGAAGAAGGUGGAGAAGAAGGCGGAAAAGAAGAGAGGGGGAAGGAACAAAAGGGGGAGAUGGGUGGAGUGGGAGAGGGGAGAGCCACAGUCUACAAACGCUACACAGAAGUUCUUCUCGCUGUCGUUAUGAAGAUGGCGAAAUCGUAUCCUUUCGUUCUUCUCUUUCUUCCGUGUCUUCACGUUUUCAAUGCCCGACUGCACGCCGCCGCCGCUCCAUCGUCGCAAGCAAGCGAAACUGAGGAACGGCGCAGCCAGUGCCAAAGAGAGAGAACGAUUACGUCCGCCUCCCCUUCCUCUCCGUCUUCCUCUCCUUCCUCCUCUUCCUCUCCUUCCUCCUCUUCCUCUCCUUCCUCCUCUUCCUCUCCUUCCUCCUCUUCCUCUCCUUCCUCCUCUUCCUCUCCUUCCUCCUCUUCCUCUCCUCCCUCUUCUACCUCUCCUCCCUCUUCUUCCUCUUCUCCUUCCUCUUCCUCUUCUUUCCCCUGUACGUCUGGCGUUUGUUGUUCGCGUCGGUUUCGUUUUGAUUGCUCUUCUGGUUCAGCCUGCCGUCCGUUCUCGUCUUUUGGUUCGCCUUCCUGCUGCUUGCGCCACUGUCCCCUCGUAGCUGUUUUAGCUGAGUUGAUGUCGAGUGCAUCCGCUUCUCUAAAAUGCCGGGGCUUCCAGCUGGCUACUGAUCUCCUUGCUGCGCUGCCGUCUUUCCCUUUGCCACACGCUCCUUCUUCCUCUCUUUCGUCUUCAUCCUCUUCUUCUUCCUCUCUUUCCUCUUCCCCGAUUUACGAUUGCGUCUUGACGGAAACCGAAGGCUCGGAGUCUGACAGCGACGCCCUCCGGCGCGAAUGCUUGCUGAACCUUCGCGCGCACAUCCUGGGUCUGCUUGCUCCCAGCAUCUCGUCUGCGCUUCGCUCGAGUCAGGUGACUGCCACGAGCGAAAGCGACGAGAGACAAACAGGAGACGCGCAAGAGAACGGCGAGAAGAGGGAGAUUCGCGAGGAAACUCCGACUCACCGGAGGCGCCGCAAAGAGGACGAGGACGAAGACAGUCGCGCACACAGAGAGAAGGCCUCGUCUCACGCGGGACGCGGGGAGACGCGAAUCUGUGUCGAAGGCAGAACUUUGAUGCAGCAACACCCGAGCGAGAUUGCUGCCGAAGAAGCCUCUGUAGCGGAAGCCGCCUGCGCAGCUCUGGCUCUCCUCACCUUCAACGACUGGAGAUUGCUCAAUUUCCUCUCUUCUUCCACAGCUCACGCAAUCGCUGCGCUGUGUUCUUUCCAAGGCGCUGCGUCGAAUCGGAGAGAGGAAAGAGAGAGACCAGACGCGAGAACAAACGCGGAAACCCAGGAGAGAACAAAGGAGACGGAGGCAACCCGUGCUGACGUGCUGGCGUGUUGGGUGUCCGCUCAGACAGUUGCUGCUACCGCGGCGAGUCGCUUUCUCCAGUUUUCAUAUCUUCUUUCUUGUCGCUCGUUGCCGUCGCCGCUGUCCUUUCCGAGCGCGUCCAUGGCUUCCCUCCUGUCUCCCGCGGCAGACGUUUGUUGGCGGAGACGGGACCUCGCUGCGGGUCGCGAGGCUUGUCUCGCGGCUCUGCUCUUUCUGGCGAAACACGAAAGCGUCGAGUUGAAAGUUGCAGCCGCGAAGAGCUUCGCUGACGCAGGCGCGCCCGUCGAAAACGCGGCGGGGACGCGCGUCGCCAGAGAGGCCUUCGGAGACCGUGAGAGGCAGGCGCAACUCAACGGCCAAGUCACACCCAAACGCUUCUCGAAGGAGAGCAGUCCCGCUCCCGAGAUAGAGGGAGACGAAGAAGAGAAACGCGAGGUCAGAGCGAAAGGGGACAUCAGAGAAAAACGCGAGGUCAGAGAGAAAGGGGACAUUAGAGAAAAACGCGAGGUCAGAGCGAAAGGGGAGACAGGAGAGACGGAAGACGGAGGCUGUGAGAAACGCGAGGAAGAACUGUGGUUGGCGGCGCUGGAAUGUUUCGCGAGUCCGUCUCUCGCAAACAGUCGCAACGAGAGUCUUGCGCUUGCCUGCUUGCGAGCGAUUGCGCUCAUCUCCUUCGGCCUGAACUGGGGUGUCUUCUUGGAGAAAGACAGGUGCGAAGGCGUGUCUCUUUCAGAGGGGCGAGAACGCAUUCUGCGGCUUCUCAGCGGCAUCCACGCCGUCCUGCUGCGGGCCCUAGACGGGAGUCGCGUGCCUGGAGAAGAUGCAAGACGAAAUUCAGUGAAGAUCCAGUGGAACGCUUGCUAUGCAGCCAGACUCCUCUACAGCAGUCGCAGCUUUCGGCGUCUCGCCUCCCCCGCACUCGAAAGGUAA